CGUGUCGCCUCUUCGAUGUUAUUCGAUUUUAAUGUGCAAUAAGAAGUUAUUGUAAAACAUGAUGUUACUGCCAGCCUGUAUCCAGAGUCGCGGUAAUGGGGCAGGUGCAUAGAAUUUGGAGCGUAUUUCCAUUAGCUUCUUGCAUAGCAAUUAAAUGGAAUGUGUUUCAACUGGUUGUGCAACAGGUUUCCCCCGGGCGAAGUGAUACUCUCACGACACGAAAGUGGAUUAGAUUAUAAAAUAGUGUAGAAGAUACAGUGCGGAUAGAUCCGUGCGAUGGUGCGUGACAACAUCACUAAAACUGCGAUAAGAUUCAGACAUCCCUGGAGAGGGUUGUGAGACAAGUUUAUGGUUGAAGCUCUGUUCAUCAAACAAAAAAGGAGGAACAGACACAAACAAGCGCAAUCAGUGCCCGGCUCUCAAUAUCACUGGGACCGGCAAUAAUGCUUUACAGAUAAGGUCACAAAACAACCAGCGCAAAUAUCUCCUGCUCCCAACGGUGCUUAGUAACGUGGAAAACUAACGUAUCACACACCUCCGAACGCAAUUCCAUCGAGUACAAUGGCCUGUCCACUGUAUAAGCUGCUGCUAUUCACUGCCCUACUGAUACUUCAACUGAUAGCGACCUGCAAAGCCACUUUAGCAGCAAAUUACGAUGAGCAACUGGAUAAUGCCAUCCGCCAGGUGUCCAGCGUGGGCUGGGAAGUUACCUAUGAUCCGCCUAAGCUCAACAUGGACAUGAGCACCACGCGAAAUGUAACGCUACGAAUAGAGCGCAUAGCGAAGGCGGAUUUGGAAGACAUCCGCUCGGUGCAGUUGAGAAGCGAGCGUGAGCACGUGGCUUGGGUCGAGAACGGUACGAUCGUCAUUGAACCACUCGUCGCGGCCAUCGCGUACAAUGGGUCGUUUACCGUCGUUGCCAACUUUCUCGGCCAGACCAGCUUUUUCGUCGAGCUGGUGCGCAUGAACGGCACGACCGAGAGUAUCAAAUCGUCCACCCUUCCGAUAACCGUGAUCCGCCCGGAGCGCGUCAUUGACCAUGUGUUUACCGGAUCGGUCAUACUGCUCAUCUCCAUCCUGUACAUUAACUUUGGCGCUGCGCUGGAUGUUGGAGCCUUGAAACAGAUCGCACGGCGUCCGAUUGGACCGAUGAUCGGGUUCGUGUGCCAGUUCGUGUUCAUGCCCCUGCUCAGCUACGGUCUCGGGCAUUUGCUGUUUCCGGACAACUACGAGCUGCAGCUGGGACUGUUCUUUACCGGCGUCUCGCCGGCCGGUGGAGCUUCCAACAUCUGGACUGUGGCGCUGGGCGGCAAUCUAACGCUCUCCAUCGCCAUGACCACUAUCAGCACGAUCGCCGCGUUCGGCAUGAUGCCGCUGUGGAUUUUUACCCUCGGGCGUACUAUCUUCCAGCGGGCAAACCUCGUCGUGCCCUACAGCCGCAUUGCAUACACGGCCGUUGGACUGGUGGUCCCGAUCAGUGCCGGUCUGCUCAUACAACGGUACUGUCCCCGGUUCAGCCGGCUGCUGGUGCGCAUCCUGAAGCCCAUGUCCGUGAUAUUGAUCCUGUUCAUCGUCAUCUUCGCGAUCGUAACCAACCUGUACCUGUUUGAGCUGUUUUCCUGGCAAAUCAUCAUCGCCGGGUUGGGUCUCCCUUUGCUCGGCUACUGUUUCGGGUUUCUGGCGAGCACGCUGAUGCGUCUGCCGCUAGCCGACUCGCUGGCCAUUUCGGUCGAAACGGGCAUACAGAACACCGGUAUUGCGAUCUUUCUGCUACGCUUUGCCCUGGAACAGCCGGCGGCGGAUCUAACGACGGUUAUGCCCGUUUCGAAUGCGAUUAUGACACCGUUACCUCUGCUUCUGCUCCUGGUCGGCCUACGCAUUCAUGAACGCACGAAGCGACGCGCUGAAAACAGUCUGAUACCGAAGACGGAGACGGAUCCUGUGGUGGCAACGCCAGAGUGAAGACAAACAACUACGAUCAUCCCCCCGAUGGUGACGGUUUUAGGGAACACAGGCCUAGCGAACAACUCACAAUCACACAUACACACACAUACAUCAUACUUAGCACAUAGUAGAAGAAUGUGAUUUGUUUUUUGUACAUCGAAAUACAGAAAAGCCGUUUAUUCUAAAAAUC